CAUUAGGACACUGCGCUAUAUAAAACGCUAUUGAGAAGCACGCGUCAGAGAACCUGCGGUUCAGCCUAUCCGCAGCGCUGGAAUAUUCCUCGCGCUCACUCUCCGGUCAUGAAACUCCAAUCAAACGGAUUUAAAAGCGGUGAAGGCAAUUCUGUUGGGAAGUUGUUGAACUUUUGUUUUCCGAGAACAGUGGGGAAUAUGAACUCAAUGUCAUCAUCCUGCCGAAGAGAUAUCAUGGAACAAUGGUUCUUCUUUUAGAGUACUUUUAUUCUGCCCCACUCGGUUUAGGAAGACUUUGGUGAAUGUGUUUCGUUUUCAACGGUUUCUUUGGAUUAUAUCUAUCUGCAAUCUGGAUUUAGAAAAAACACCGCGGACUAUUCCGUUGACAGGGUGGACAUCACCAUUGACUGGAAUUAUUCAUCCCUAUCUGUAAUGCCUCUCUCAGUGAUGGGGUUCCUGACCUUCAAAGCCCAGUGAUGCUAGCCAUGAAUCACUACAACCUCUCCGGGCCCCCGGGGGCCCUCGACCCCCUCUCCAACCUCAGCCAGUGGGACACGGAGAUGGUGGAAAUGGAGAGUCUGGCUCACCAGGGGAACCUCACCUCGGACAGGCCUAUGUCCGGAGGCCCGAUUGCAGCCGCUCUCUCCAUGACCCUGGGCGUCAUCUCCAACAUCGUGGCCUUGUUCAUCCUGGCCAACGCCUACUCCCACCAGCGCCGACGCUCCAAAGCCACCUUCCUCCUCUUUGCCAGCUCCCUGGUACUCACAGACUUUUUUGGGCACAUCAUCCCGGGAGCGCUGGUCCUCCGGCUUUACCUCUCUGGAGGGGUGUUCCCCGAGGCGGCCGCCGCUUCCUCAAACGGCUCGACCGACCCCAUGUGCCAGUUCCUGGGGGGAUCUAUGGUGUUCUUUGGUCUGUGCCCGCUGUUCCUGGGCUGUGCGAUGGCCGCCGAGCGCUGUCUGGGUGUCACGCAGCCACUGCUCCACUCCUCCUUAGUUACCACCACCCGUACCAAGCUGUCUCUCUCUGGUAUCUGGCUGGUGGCCCUCUGCGUGGCCCUGCUGCCCUGUUUCCAGCUGGGGUCAUACACCUACCAGCACCCCAACAGCUGGUGUUUUAUCAAGGUCUUAGCGAACGACACCCAGGAAGCGGACGUAGCCUUUGUUACGCUCUUCUCCGGGCUGGGCCUGACGUCGCUGGGGGUGGCCCUGGUGUGUAACACCAUCAGCGGGCUGACCCUGGUUCUGGCCAGGCUGAGACGGAGGCCAUCGGGCUACUCAUCGUCCCACAGCCACCGCUCAGUGGCAAAGAGCCAUGAUAUAGAGAUGGUGGUGCAGCUGGUGGGCAUCAUGGUCACGUCCUGUAUCUGCUGGAGCCCUCUGCUGAUCUUCGGGCUCAUGUCGGUGAUGCGCUCCUAUAGGGGCUCCAUUGAUAAAGCUGACAUGGCCACCUACGAGACGUUGAAUUUGAUGGGCGUGAGGCUGGCUUCCUGGAACCAGAUCCUGGACCCCUGGGUCUAUAUACUGCUACGUCGGGCCGUCCUCCGCAAGAUCUACCUCAUCACCAAGCGCCAGGCCGAUUUGAAUGGGAGUGUGCUCCGACGCUGGGAGGGGAACUCGUUUCAGAGCAAGAGCUCGGAGAACAGUCCCGUUAACAGGAUAUGAGAUCAUAACCAAGCGCCAGGCCGAUUUGAAGGGGAGUGUGCUGCUACGCUGGGAGUGGAACCCCUUUCAGAGUAAAAGCUUGGAGAAGAAUACAGUCAACAGGAUAUGACUGUGUGACCGACGGUGUUCAAGUGAAUGCCAGAAGAAGACUGCAUUAGCCCGCUAAGCUAAAGCCUAGUAUUGACCAGGGAGCCAAAGCAACUCUUUAGGUCUCAGGCAAGGUUACUCAUCAUGCAGCGAGCGUGGUCCUUGGUACUUGUGGUGGUCACCGACAGAAAAAGAGGACAUUUCUGUUAUCCCGUAUAGUGAAGGAUACGAUGCUCUGAAAAAUGAGGAUUACAUGUUCUUCAGCCAUGGCAGUAUCUCUCAAUCUUCUUUAUCACAGUGACUGGCAAGCUAAGAUCAUCCUCCUUUGGAUAUCUCUUAAAUUAAAACUAGGAAUUAAGUACGGACAUACCUGGUGUCCGAGAAACGGUCUUUUGGACCAGUCAGUCUGCAUUAUCCCACAGACCGAGAGUUGGGAAACACAAUACCCCACAGAUGGAGAGUUGAGAAACACAAUACCCCACAGAUGGAGAGUUGGGAAACACACUACCCCACAGACGGAGAGUUGGGAAACACACUACCCCACAGACGGAGAGUUGGGAAACACAAUACCCCACAGAUGGAGAGUUGAGAAACACACUCGCAUAGUGAGUAGGUCAAAGGCUUAAAGCUUAUGAAGAUGUGCAGCUAUCUGAGAGAUCAGAAGUUCAAAGCCUAGCUACAUAUCUUCAUGAAUAGAAUGUAGCACAGAAGAAUAUCACAAUUCAUUCAACAUAUUGGAUCUCAUUUGUGGAACGUUACAUUUGAUUAUUCUGAAGUCUGUUGGUUAAGGUUUAACAAUUACAUUUUAACAUCAUCGAUGUCUAACGAUUCCAGAACGACUCCAAAAAAAACGGAGUUGUAUGCUAUGUAAAUGUUAUGCCAAGAUUGAGAUUGCUUGUUAAGUAAAGGGAGAACUACGAUUUUUUCCUGAGCUUCUGAUGUAUAAAAAUGCUACUUCAUGUCAAAUAUUGAACAAGUUAUAAAUAUUUAUUGCUUUUCCUCAAUUCUCUGGGGACAUGUAAAGAAGUUAUGGAACGUAAUUGAAGGUGAUGAAAUAAAGAAGAUUGUUUUGACUGAAUUAGAUACCGU